GUUUAUAAAACAACUAUUCCAAAACAUUAUAUUUUCUAAUAAUAAGUAUGAAGCCUAGAUUAUGGCUUGAAGGAGUCAUCUUUAUAUAUUUUUUAUUCCAAAUAUCAUCGAUAGAAAGUAGAACAGAGAAAUAUUUUCGUCCAAGACAUGGAGCGAACAGAAGUCGACAGAAAAAGCCAAAGCUUACUCGCAAAGAAUGGGAACAGCUACACAAAUUUGAAGACGCUCUCAAAAGUGAAGAUGGAAAUUUAUAUUAUACGAACUCUUGGGCUGUCCAGUUGGAUUCAGCCGAACUUGAAUUAGCAGAUAAACUUGCGGAGAAACAUGGUUUUAAAAACCUUGGUCAGGUUGGCACUCUUCAAGGUUAUUAUCAUUUCAAGCACGUAGACAAAGAUGCCCAUCGAGGGAAAAGAGAGAUCCAUAUGCACGAGAAAACGAAAUUACUAUUGGCAGAAGACCGGGUCUUAUGGGCGCAGCGUCAACAUGUUCUCGCUAGGAAUCGUAAAUACGAAGUUCCUCAUGAUCCAAAGUUUAAGGACCAAUGGUAUUUGAUGAACGAUGGUCAGUCAACAGGACCAGCAGGCGUUGACAUCGAUGUGAUGCCAUGUUGGAACCAGAACAUCACUGGACGGGGUGUUGUGGUCAGCAUACUUGAUGACGGAGUCGACCACACUCAUCCUGAUCUAAGGGAUAACUUUGAUCAAAAAGCAAGUUACGAUUUUAACGACAUGGACGCUGAUCCCAAGCCUCGUGACACAGAUCCAGACAACUGUCAUGGUACUCGAUGCGCUGGUGAGGUUGCCGCAGCACGGAACGACGUAUGUGGAGUGGGUGUUGCAUACAACGCUAAUAUWGGAGGUGUGCGCAUGCUUGAUGGCCAAGCCACAGAUGUUCUUGAAGGCAGUUCACUAAGCUUCCAAUCUGCCUACAUCGAUAUCUAUAGUAAUUGCUGGGGGCCAAAGGAUGAUGGGAAGACAUUUGGUAAGCCUGGCAAACUAGCGCAAGAAGCAUUGAUGCAGGGUGCAUUGAAGGGUCGUGGUGGCAAAGGUAACAUCUAUGUCUGGGCGACUGGUAAUGGUGGACUCACAGAUGACGACUGUAAUUGUGAUGGUUAUACGACAAGCAUCUACACGAUAUCCAUUGGCUGUAUCGGUGAUCAUGGCUUGUCGGCWUAUUACACUGAGCUAUGCUCAUCCACACUCGGCGUUACGUUCAAUGGCGGAUCUCAUCGAGAACGGGAGGAGAACAAAAUGGUCACAACUGACUUACAUCAUAAAUGCACAGAGGAGUUCAAAGGGACAUCUUCAGCAGCACCAUUAGCUGCUGGCAUGUUUGCAUUGGUACUGGAAGCAAACCCAAAUCUGACUUGGAGAGAUGUGCAGCACAUUGUUGUCGAGACUGCACAGGUAACAAGCCCUGUAGACGAAGGCUGGAUGAAAAAUGGUGCAGGAUACCACUUUAACCAUAAAUUUGGAUUUGGAAGGUUGGACGCAGACGCAAUGGUUCAAAAGGCCAAGAUUUGGAAAAACCUAAAGCCACAAAGGAUUUGCCGCGGACCAUCAAGCAACACAGAACAAGAGGUACCAACUGGUGGAACRCUAUCCAUCACAAUAGACACCAUCGCAUGCAGUGGCACAGACCAUAUGAUUGACAAGCUUGAGCACGUGACCUUGACAGUCAGUUUCCAGCACCGCCGACGUGGCGACGUCAGUAUCGAUCUUUUCUCACCGAGUGGCACUAGAAAUGARAUGCUCUCGACUCGACGYUAUGAUGAUUCCAAGAACGGUUUACAUGACUGGACAUUCAUGACGGUGCACAACUGGGGCGAGAACCCCAAAGGSGAGUGGAUGCUUAACUUUACAGACAAUCUGCCUCAGCUUAAUAAGGGAGUUGAUCCAAAUGGCUAUGUACAGCAUGAUACCAGUAAGCAAGAGGCCGAUGUUGAAGACUUAGAAGAAGAGGUAAUCGACGAUGAGAAAAAGACUCAAGAACUUGAAGCCAAGAAACUUGGAAAACCGAAGAUGCCUGGUGGCGAUAGCCCCUAUCCGGAUGGCGUCAAGAAAAAUCACGUGCCACGUCACGUGACAAGAAAAUGGUUUACUGAUCGACAUCGCAAUGGAACCAUAGAAUUAACUGAUAAAAUGUUGGGCUAUCAAGCAUACUAUGUACCGUCGUAUCAAGGCUCAAUGCUUGAUCCAUCGAUAUCAGAACAAAUGACUGCAGGUUUAACAGGAAAUGAAGGAUCUCCAUACGCACCGCUUUACCCAUACGACUCCUACAGCAACAUCGAAAACAGAGACCCGAUGUCAGACGCGGYAGGUGUCGCAAGAGACAAUAUCGCAGCAUCUAGCGACAUCAAUGAYAACCAAAUUUAUGGAUAUGACAGGUUCGCAUACGACGAAAACAAACCAAACAAUCUUGAGGAAUCAGCGAUGYCAUUCGGAAAUGAAAAUGUAUCUCCAAAGACUCAACGUCAGAAAGUUCAAGUAACAGCAGAGGAAACUGGUUCUCAGCGUGUUCAAGUUAAUAAUGGUUUCCAGGAAGAAUUCGUUCCUGGUUUGAACCCAGAAAGCGGUCAUCUCAGCUCUGGUGUUAUGUUAGAAUGGAGACUUACCUUCUAUGGCAGUGGACCAGAUGUAGGGGACGAGGACAAGAAGGGAAAAGAAGAGGAGGAGGAAGAAGAAGAGGAUACUGAGGAUGGUAGCUCGGACAAUACGGAUUGAAAGUCAUAAACUUUAUUCUCGUGUUUUUUUAAUAAAAUGGAAGACAAAGACCUGAAAAUAUUUCGAUUCUGUAUUCCGAUCUGAUUCAGWACUCAGCCGUUUUAAACAUACCAAAUAUUGGAAAAUUGUGAAUGGUUUUGCAUGGUGCAUGAUGACAAAGUUUACUGCAUACCCUCAAAGAAAUAACUACUUUAGAACUAUACGAUAUAUGUAAGAUUGACCUCUUUCUUCUUUUGAUAUAAGCUGAGAUUCAAGUUUCAUCUUCUCUUCGACAACAGCAUUAGCUGACCAGGACAUAUUGUGCGCAGGCGCCGAAGUAGAAAAACGUGUGCUUGCUAUUCAUGUCCCAUCAUACACUUGGUAAUUGGUGGAGAUGAGAUACUUUAAGAAUGGAUACAGAGUGGUCAAACGUUUUGCCAAAGCUGGUUGUCUUCACAAAGGUGUACAAUCACUAGUUCUUAAUGGAGGCCAAAACAUCUAAGGAGAUGAGAUACUUUAAGAAUGGAUACAGAGUGGUCAAACGUUUUGCCAAAGCUGGUUGUCUUCACAAAGGUGUACAAUCACUAGUUCUUAAUGGAGGCCAAAACAUCUAAGGUGGUGAUGACGUCUGCUAUUGCUGGUAUUUACUCAAUCCCUUUCAGUUCAAAAUACAAAAGAAUGUUGACCAUGACGUUGGAAAAAAAGACACCCAUGAGAAAUUUUCUCAUGAAAACACCAACAUUGGCAAAAAGGCAAGAAAUGGGUAUGCAUGCUCGCGAAUCAUGUAUUGCUGUAAAAACAGAAAGCCCACUGCUUUUCAAAAAUGGACGUAACAGAUAUUGAGGCAAAUUUGGGUAUACACCCCUUCAAAUGAUGCAUUGUAUGACUUGGAUAUAAUUCAAUGCUACAGAAGCCAGAUAAGAAGUAGACCUGCCAUGCAGAUAGCCAACAUUGAGCCACAGCAACGACCAAUGUCAACAGAAUGGCAAUAUUGUGUAUAUGCAAUUUCAUUGAAAUCAAUAACAUUAUUAUUUUCGCUAUWUACAGCUAUUUCAAAAACAUUGAAAGUUGAAGAUAUUGCUUACCAAGACCGCAAUGCAUUGGUUGUUUUUCUGUUGCCGUUCAAAAGCAGUUUUCAUGGUUUCAGAGUGGCGAUGAUAGCUCGUUUGUAUAGUCAAUGGAAAGUAAUAAAAUUAACUAAUAACUAAUAACUAUUAAUUAAAUAACUUUAUCAUAUWGUAACUAAGCGAACGCGAACUUUAAUAGCAAUAUAAUACAUUGCGGUCCUGGGUUGCACUUACAGCAUUCAAUAUUUUCUGAAAUUCCAGUGUACAGUUAAUCGCAUCAACAUUGUUUAAUUGUAAAGACAUAAAGACAACAACAAACCAUUUGCAUAAAAUGUUUUUUCAAUCCCCGCGAAGGAUUUUGAUUCAAAACUCCAGAUCAUGCGUGUAGUUUAAUGUUAUAGACAUUGUCAUUAAGUCUUGAAGUCGAAUAUUCUCGCAAACAAAGAAAACACUGAAUUUGAUGUAUGCAAAUGACUUUCAGUUGCAUUUUUUACGUCUUUACAAUUGAAUAACGUUAAUGGAUUGACUGUAAGUAUGCUUUUGGCUCCAAAUCAAUUUCUUGCGUAUGAGUUUCAGCUUUCAAUUGUAAUUAUUAAACAUAACUAGGCGAUAUCUUCCUGUAAUGGACAGCACAGAAAAUCUCAUAGAAAAUAACUGUCUUUUUUAUAAAGUAUUAACAUGAUUUAUGUAGAUUUACCAAAUGAUUUUGAUAAUUAAUUGAACAUACAAAGUGAUUGCUGAUUAUGAAUAAAAAUCUCCUUCAACUGCU